AUGCCACCCUUCAACAUCAUGGACCGUCUUCCCAAUAAUACUCCCAUUCACCUCACACAUCCGCUCACACUCAGCUUCACCACUCUCGCACUGGUCCAGGAUACCAACAUAAUUCUACCUUCCUUAGGACCGUCUUCCUACUCCCAUUCACCUCACACAUCCGCUCGCACUCAGCUUCACCACUCUGCUGGAUACCAUUGGCAACAUAAUUCUAUCUUCCUUACCACUCGCACUCAGCUUCACUAA